AGGAUGGGCAACAGCCAGUCGUCGUCCGGCUCGCGUCACUCGGCCGGCCCUGGCUCGAGCAGCGGCGGCGGAGGGGGCGCCGUCAGCGGCUUGCGCAGCCGAGCGAGCACCCUCACCGGCGUCGGCGGGUCCUCGUCGUCGCGAUCGUCGGCCGCCGCACACGCACACGCAGCAGCAGCAGCCCCGGCCGACGAGGCCAAGGUCAUCGACGGCGGCUGGACCGACCCGCAGACGCUCCUCUACGCUCGCCUCGAGUACCACCGCCCGACCGUCCACAAGCUCAUCGCCGACCGCAAGCUCGCCCCGUUCUACCUCGGCCUCCAGGACUUUGAGGACGACUGGGCCACCGACCGCAUCGUCGACGCCCUCGACGAGGCCGAGCAGCAGGCGACCCAGAACCUGCGCGAGGCCCACACGGCCGCCGUCGGCGCCGCGAGCGAGGCCGAGGCGGCCCAGCUGUCGGCCCCGCCGGGCACGCGCAAGCACAAGGACUCGGUCACGGCCCACAACGCGGCCGUCCUGCACCGCGAGCGCAUCGCCGAGACGCUGCGCACGCGCGAGAAGCGCGGCGGCGGCGGGCUCCAGCUCUCGAGCAAGACCGACACGGCGACGCUGUACCAGGCCAAGGCGCUCGAAUGCCCCAUCUGCUUCCUGUACUACCCGCCCAACAUGGUCCACACGCGCUGCUGCGACCAGCCCAUCUGCACAGAGUGCUUCGUCCAGAUCAAGCGCGCCGAGCCGACCCCGACCCACCUCGAGUCCGAGCCGGCCGCCUGUCCCUUCUGCAUGGAGACCAACUUUGGCGGCGUCUACGAGAAGCCUGUGCGCCCGCCGUACGCGCCGACGCCGAGCGGCGGAUCGGGCGAGUCGGGAUCGAGCGCGACGAGCCCGGCCACGACGGCGGCGCCCAAGCCGAGGCGCAAGUCGUUCGCCCAUACCGAGAAGGAGGUCGUCACGACCGACAUGAUCCACCCGGACUGGGAGGCCAAGCUCGAGGCGAUGAAGGCGGCCGUCGCCCGUCGCGCCAACCGCCGCAUCGUGUUCCGCCAGGUCGGCGACCGCCUCAUCCCUGUCGGCAUCUCGUCCGGCCGCGGCGGCGGCGCAGACGGCGCCAACCCGACCAUGGCGACGACGACCCUGCCGCCCAACUUCCUGUCGCAGAUCGCGGCCGCGCUCGACGCGUCGAACGAGGGCGGCGGCGGCGGGACCUCGUCGAGCGGCCGGCGGCGCGGGAGCCGCAGCGCGAGGCGCAGUCGGGGCGGCAGCGGUGGCAACGACGAGAUCGCGCAGCUGCUCGAGAGCCUCGGGCUCGGCGGCGGGCCCGACAUCGAGGAGAUGAUGGUGCAGGAGGCGAUGCGGCUCAGCCAGCUCGAGGAGGAGGAGCGCCAGAAGAAGACGCAGGAGGAGGAGGCGGCCAAGGCGGCCAAGGCGGCCGGCGCUUCGUCGUCGACGGCGACGGCGCCCGACACGGAGCGGCUCCUGUCCGAGGCGAUGGGCGGUCGCGUCGAUGAUGCAGGCGCGGCGAGCUCGUCCUCGGCGGCGCCCGCACCGACAACUCGUGCGCCGGCUCCUCCAGUCGCCACCAACCCUCCCGCUCCCCUCCUCGACGUCGACAUCCCCUCGACGCCGAUCGAGCUCGACACGCCGACACCCACCGCCGCCACCGGGCCCUCGGUCGCCAACACGGCGCUCGGCGCGCCUCUCGACGCGGCGAGCACGCGCGCGUCGACCACGUCGUCGCUCAUCCCGCCGCCCUCGCCCUCGCCGUCGCAGGGCUACCAGCCCCUCGGCGAGGAGAGUGACGACCAGGUGGACGACGAGCGGCACACGCCGCCGACGACGGCCAAGCACGGCGGCGGUCGGCACGUCGAGAACGGCGGGGUCGGGCGCCUCGUCGACCUUUAGAUGCAUGCCCUCUGGGCACAGACACUCGCUCGCCGCCGCCGUCGUCGUCGUCGUCUCCCUCGUCGUUGUACAUUCCUCUGCGCCAUGCCUUUUCACGCCGUUGUCGUCGUCCUUUCCCCCCUCCUUCUCCUUCUCCCUCUCCCUCCUUCCGCCCGCCUCUCUACCUCUCGCGCCGUCCUUUUUUGUAGCUCUCGUUCGUCGUCGUCGACUGUGCGCUCGUGCGCUGCAACCUCGCUUGUCGAUCCUG